UUUUCUCGUUCGGAAAAAGAAGGUACCCAACGUAAAAGGAAGUUAAAGAAGUUGUCUUAAACGAGCCAAUUAGAGAGCUAGUCGUGGGACAGAAAAGCUCCGCAGUCACCAUUUAAAUUACAUUACCUCCUUUUCAUAUCUUUCUUUCAACAACAAACACAUAUACACUUAAGAUAUCAAAUGCGCUCAACUGCCUUCCCAGCAUCACUAGCUCUAGUUAUAAGCAAUACUCUCGCAAGUAAUUCACCAAGAGCUCCAACUGAUUCUGGUUACUCCCUCAAACAAUCCUAUGAAGGCGAGACAUUCUUCAAUGGCUUCACUUUCUUUACAUAUGAAGAUCCAACAGCAGGUGCAGUGAACUACGUUGAUAAAGACACAGCAUUCAGUAACGGCCUUGCUGGGUUCACAAAUGGUAGUCCUUUCAUUCAAUUCGACAAUUGGUCAACCCUUCCUCAAGGUGGUAAAAGAGAUAGUGUCAGAUUACAGAGUGUAGAUUCGUGGAACGGCGGUAUACUUUUAUUCGAUGUUGAGACCAUGCCCUACGGUCUUGGUACAUGGCCAGCAUUUUGGAGUAACGGCCCUGACUGGCCAUACGGAGGUGAACUUGACAUAAUAGAGGGUGUUAACGACGAGACUAACAACCAUGCAACUAUACACACCUAUCCAGGCUGUACACAAGAUGGAACAGCACCUGCAAUUGGAGAAUACACGAGCUCAAAUGACUGUUCUGGUCUAUCAGGAGAUAAUAGUGGAUGUGGAUUCAAAGAUCCAAACCCAAACAGUUACGGUAAAGGCCUCUCAGAAAGCGGAGGUGGCGUUUUCGCGACUGAAUGGGAUAAAGAAACUGGUGUUUUAAAGACAUGGUUUUUCCCUCGUCUUGAUAUACCUCAAGACAUACUUAACCAAGCACCAAAUCCUCAAAAUUGGGGUCAACCAACUGCUCAUUUUGUCAGCGAUACUUGCGAUAUUGCAGGCACAUUUGAGAAUCACACUAUAAUUAUUAACACCACUUUUUGUGGAUACUAUGCUGGUAACAAUUUUCCUAAUGGCGGUUUAGAAGCCUGCAAUGAGUAUAUACGUUACCCUGAGAAUGUCAAGAAUAACGUCUGGCACAUAAACUACAUCAAAGUAUUCGAGUAG